AAAAAAUAUUUUUACAUACAGUUGGUAUUUAUUUCUUUAUUACAGUCUCCAAAAGAAGGGAAGUUUGCUGUGAUCGGAAGUGCUCAUAUGUUUUCAGAUAACUAUCUGAAUAAAGAGGAUAAUUCCAAAAUAUUUGAUGUUCUUUUUACAUUUCUUACUACAUCGGAUGGUGUUCACUUUGAUCCUAUUGAUGCCGAAGAUCCAGAUAUUGAGACCUACUUUCAAGUUCCAGAUAUAUCAAGCUUGGGUGAUCAACUUAAAGCGUGUCUUCAGGAAAGUGAUGAAGUACCGUCAAAUGUCAGUACUCUUUUUGAUCAGUCUCUUUUUGCUAUGGAUACAAGUAUGGUCUCAAAGGCUAUUGCUGCUUUCGAUAAGCUAAGAGUAAAGCACGAACCACUCACCUUGAUUGUGCCUCAAUUCGAAACACCAUUGCCACCACUACAACCGGCAGUUUUUCCUCCUAAUUUUCAAGAAUUGCCGACGCCAGCUUUAGAGCUAUUCGAUCUUGAUGAACAUUUCUCAACAGCAAAAUCCCGCUUGGCCCAGGUCACAAAUAAAUGUAACAGUGAAAUCUUUAUAGAUAAUCUAUCAAUUUUUUAUCUUAAGUGCUAG